CUUGUUCCCUGUCCUCUGGCCCUUUGCAAAUAAAUGCCUUACCCGACCUGCUCUGCCACCCCACUCGUAGCCACCCAGCAAGAACAGCAUGUCAGCCUGCUGGAGCUUUGUAGCUGCAAUCUGCAUUUUAGAAAUAAGCGUCCUCACAGCAGAGUACAUGCCCAGUUAUGGCCCAGAGCCAACAGAAAGCCAUGGCUCCGCAUCGCACAUAGACUGCAGAAUGAGCCCCUGGAGUGAAUGGUCACAAUGUGAUCCUUGCCUCAGACAAAUGUUUCGUUCAAGAAGCAUUGAGGUCUUUGGACAAUUUAAUGGGAAAAGUUGCACCGACGCUGUGGGAGACAGACGACAGUGUGUGCCCACAGAGCCCUGUGAGGAUGCUGAGGAUGACUGCGGAAAUGACUUUAAAUGCAGUACAGGCAGAUGCAUAAAGAGGCGACUUCUGUGUAAUGGUGACAAUGACUGUGGAGACUUUUCAGAUGAGGAUGAUUGUGAAAAUGAUCCCCGUCCCCCCUGCAGAGACAGAGUGGUAGAAGAGUCUGAGCUGGCACGAACAGCAGGCUACGGGAUCAACAUUUUAGGGAUGGAUCCCCUAAGCACACCUUUUGACAAUGAGUUCUACAAUGGACUCUGUAACCGGGAUCGGGAUGGAAAUACUUUGACAUACUACCGAAGACCCUGGAACGUGGCUUCUUUGAUCUAUGAAACCAAAGGCGAGAAAAAUUUAAGAACCGAACAUUAUGAAGAACAAAUUGAAGCAUUUAAAAGUAUCGUCCAAGAGAAGACAUCAAAUUUUAAUGCAGAUAUAUCUCUAAAAUUUACACCCACUGAAGCAAAUAAAGUUAAAACUGAAAACUCUUCUGAGGAAAAAGCCUCCUCAGAUUUUUUACGUGGCCGGGGUAGUUUUCGGUUUUCAUAUUCCAAAAAUGAAACUUACCAACUAUUUUUGUCAUAUUCUUCAAAGAAGGAAAAAAUGUUCCUGCAUGUGAAAGGAGAAAUUCAUCUGGGAAGAUUUACGAUGAGAAAUCGUGAUGUUGUGCUCACAACAACUUUCGUGGAUGAUAUAAAAGCUUUGCCAACUACCUAUGAAAAGGGAGAGUAUUUUGCCUUUUUGGAAACCUAUGGAACCCACUACAGUAGCUCUGGGUCUCUGGGCGGACUCUAUGAACUAAUAUAUGUUUUGGAUAAAGCUUCCAUGAACCGGAAAGGUGUUGAACUAAAAGAUGUAAAGAGAUGCCUCGGGUAUCAUCUGGAUGUAUCUCUGGAUUUCUCUAAAAUCUCUGCUGGAGCUAAAGUUGAUAAAGAUGAUUGUGUAAAGAGGGGAGAGGGGAGAGCUGUAAACAUCACCAGUAAUGCCCUCAUAGAUGAUGUUAUUUCAUUCAUAAGAGGUGGAACCAGAAAAUAUGCAUUUGAACUGAAAGAAAAGCUUCUCCGAGGAACCAUGAUUGAUGUGACUGACUUUGUCAACUGGGCCUCUUCCAUAAAUGAUGCUCCUGUUCUCAUUAGUCAAAAACUGUCUCCUAUAUAUAAUCUGGUUCCAGUGAAAAUGAAAAAUGCACACCUAAAGAAACAAAACUUGGAAAGAGCCAUUGAAGACUAUAUCAAUGAAUUUAGUGUAAGAAAAUGCCACUCAUGCCAAAAUGGAGGUACAGCAAUUCUAAUGGAUGGAAAGUGUUUGUGUACCUGCCCAUUCAAAUUUGAGGGAAUUGCCUGUGAAAUCAGUAAACAAAAAAUUUCUGAAGGAUUGCCAGCCCUAGACUUCCCCCACGAAAAAUAGAACUGUUGGCUUCUCUGAGCUCCAGUGGAAGAAAAGAACACUAGGACCUUCAGAUCCUACCCCUGAAGAUAAUCUUAGCUGCCAAAUAAAUAGCAACAUGCUUCAUGAAAAUCCUACCAACCUCUGAAGUCUCCUCUCUUAGGUCUAUAAUUUUUAAAAAAAUUUUUCUUUCUUAAACUCCUAUGAUGUUUCCAUUUUUUAUUCCCUAAUGAGGGGUCAACAGUGAAAUAUGCCAGAAUUGCUUUCUCCCACAGACAAUGCCAAUCUCUUCUAAAAAAACAAAAUUAAAUUAAAACAGAAUAUUGGUUUAAAAAACUCAAAG